AUGGGUAGAACUUCAGACAUCCCUAAACACACAUCUCAUGUGGACUCAAAUGUUAAUAUGGGUGAGAAAUCUACAAUCGAUUCUUCGACUGUUAUUCCACCAUCAGAUUCACCAUUCAAAGUCUCAUUGCAUAAAUACACCUCUGAUUUUCCAACAUAUGUUAGUAUUCUUACACAACCAAUUACCACUUUGUUUUCUUCGCAAUCAACUGAUCAAGGAAAGGGUAGUCCCCAUCCCAUGGAAGAAUAUGAAUAUGAAGGUUUUGGUUUUGGAGAAUUGACUUUUUAUCCUAAAGAGGAAUACAUAGCUGAUGAAGCUUUGAUGUCAAGGAAGUAA